AUGGCUCGCCCAAUUGAAGUUGUGAAGGAUAUUAAUGAGUCAAAUGAUUUAUGGAAGAUUGCUGUUAGGUGCAAGCAUUUGUGGACUAUGACGAGUGCAUCGAAAAAGGAACACAUCAAGAUGAUUUUGGUUGAUUUUAAGGUAUUUUAUCGGUCUGACCGUUAUGAAUUUGUAUUUGUAAUAUUGGUGUUGGUAAAACUAAAUGAGUAUGUUCGUUUAUUGUAUUUAUAUACGAUUCAAGUCAUUGUGCCACCCUUCUUGGUUUCAAAAUUCAAGGAGCAACUCGCGGUUGGAUGUUCAUAUGUAAUGCAGAAUUUCAAAGUGUCAAAUAAUGAUUUCUCUUUUAAGUCGAGUAAUCAUAGUUUCAAGUUGGUGUUUUGUGGCUCAACUUCUGUUAAGAAGGCUGAACUUCUUGAUAUUCCUAUGAAUUACCUUAAUAUUCUUCAUUUGGAUGCCAUUGUUGAAGGCAAAUUUCAGUCUAAUAUUUUGGUUGAUAUUCUUGGAGGAGCGACCGAGAUUUCUCAAAUCAAUGUUGAUAACAAAAAGAGCAAGGUUGUGUUUUCAAUUACUGAUAAUAGAUUUGAAGUUCAAUAUGGAAGUAUAAUUGUUUUGCUUAUUAAUGCCAGUAUUAAGGAGGCUCAAGGAGGGUUUCCUUUGAACAUCUACAACGCUUGGAAUGGCACAAAGUUGCUAAUUAAUGAUGUUACCCUUGAUGUAGUUAUCAAGCUCAGAGACAGUAUGCAGUCUGAAUUGCCAUUACUGUCUUCAUCAAAAAUUCUAAGUCUUGCUGAAAUAACAACUCUGCAACACGAGACUACAUGUGUUAUUGUUGCGACUUUGGAAAAAUUUGAGGCUGGACAGUCAGGCUGGUAUUAUGAUGGAUGUGUUGGUUGCACAAAAAGUGUGUCAUUGCAGGAUGGAAAGCUGGUAUGUUAUUCCAAACACAUUAGCCCAGCGUCUGUACUAAGAUAUAAACUCGAAGUCUUGGUUGUUGAAGAUAAAUACAAGGCCAAAUUCAUUUUUUGGGACGGAGAUUGCGUCAAGUUGAUUGGAAAGUCCGCUCUUCAAAUGAAAAAUGAAUUGAUAGAGGUCGGUGAAGAUGAUCAUCCUCUUGAAUUCCCUUAUGCACUUGAUGCAAUUCUAAAGCAGGAAUUGGCUAUUAGGGAAAUUUUCGUAAGAGUCAAAGGGAGUUUCAGCUCGGAAGAGCCUACUUCAAAGCUUAUACCAACUGAUCCUUCAUCCCAAGAUGAAUCAAUAUUCUUUACUGAACCUUUAUCUGCUGGUGCCGAUUAUGACCCUGCUAUUGGAAAUUCAACUUUGACUCCAUCAAAAAGAACUUUACCUGAUCCUGUUGAAGAUAUUGAGAGUGUCUAA